ACAGGGAAGGACUGCAAGUACAAAGUCCUGCACCAGACUGCAAUCUAUCAGAGCAACUUUCAGUUCACUCCAGCCUCUUUCUUUGGGUUGUUUUUGAUGGUUGACAUUUUUUCUGUUCUAUUUGCGUAAGGAUUUUUUUGUUUUUAUAUUAUAAAACUGCAUCCAAGCUUCCUGGCGUGCCGUGCCCCUGAAAAGUGGGCUUCCUUUUGAAUGAAUGCACUCCUGCCACUUUCAUAAUCUCUGACUCAUAAUCUAUUGUACAGUUGGGAAGUCUCAGACUCUGUCUGUCUGUCAUUCUCUCUCUCCCUCUCUCUCCCUCUCUCUCAGGUGCCAUGAGGCUGCAACACUGUCUCUCCUGGAGCCUCUCUCUGCUACCUCUGCUCUUGUUGUCUUGUGGGUACCAGUGCGUGUCGGUCCACUUCCAGACCCCGCAGCCGGUCAAUGUACUCCCAGCCGGACGUCUAGUUCUCCAGGUCCAGAUCGACCGCGGUCCCAAAGAAAAGAUCUCCAUGAUAACCUGGGAGCGGGAGCCAGAGAACGCAAAGACCCCAGGGAAUCCUGGGAAGGUGACGUUGAUUACGUUCCCCGGGCAAGAAAAACGCUUGGACGGGCGUCUGAGUUUGGAGGAGCAGGGGUCAAUACUGAAGCUGGAGGGCUUUGGCGUGGCAGACAGAGGGGUGUACAUCGUGACCGUCACUGACCAGGCUGGCGUCAAGACCUCUGGACAGUGUACCGUCAAGGAGUACGAGGCUGUGCAUCACCCCUCGGUGAGAGUGAACGUGUCCCACUCCUCCCUGUUCUGUGUGGAGACCUGGGGGACAGACCUUAAAUUCAGCUGGCUCCACGAGCGGGCAGCCAUCACCGAUGCUGUGGGACACGUUUCGCCUGAUGGGAAGACCCUCUUCGUCUCCUCCGCCCCCAUCUGUGGUCACUUCACCUGCAUGGUGAGCAACAAGCUGGGCCACAGCUCUGCCACCUACACAGCAGAGCCGUGUGAGAGAGAGGGCAAGAGGACCACGGUGGCGGUGGUCUCUCUCAUCAUCUUGCUGGUCUGUGGAGCAGCGCUCGCUUUUCUACUGUGGAGGAGACACAGGCGAUACAGUAACAGAGGCGAGAGGCUUCAGGAGCAUUUUGAGGACAACUUGUAAUGGUGAACCACUGAUACCAGUACCCAAGGUAUUUCGCUACACUCCCCAACUCAAAGAUGGACUCAUAAAAGGACAGUAAGUGUACAAAACGCUUUGGGAGGAGCUUCCUUCCCUGUGAGCAGCAUGACCUUUCAGUGCAUUGGAACAAUGUGGAAAGUGAACUGCUUGUUGGCCAAUUGACGAGUUCUAAAAAUGGAAAGAGCAACUUUUGCCCGAUGUGUUGCCUGUUUUUAUAGUAGCUAUCAUUUUUACACCGCCUCGCAUUGUACUGAACUACACACUACUUUUUUUUAUAUAAUGCUCGAAAAUCAUUUGUUUUAAAUGAAAAACAAUUCCGUAUUUUGUAACUUUUGUAUAUUAUAAACAUUUUGUAUAUUUAGCUGUGUAUUCUUUGUAAUAAAAAGCACAUUUUAAACUGUG